AUGCAGACCCAUCUGUCAUGGGACAGCUCAGUCCCCGUCAACAUCUCCCUUAACCUGAACAAACAGUGGCAGAACAACUCCAGCAGGGGGCAGGCAUGUGCUCUGUUCUCAACACAGCAGAUGGUAGUGUCUUCUGUUAAAGGUUGUGUAUCAGUGGGCCAGGAGGGAAACUCAUACUCACAAAAUGCAGAGCUGAGAUGGGACAACAGGAGCGUCAAGCAGGGCAUGAAGUACCAGAAGGAUCCACGGGGAAUGCACAGCCUUCAGGUUAAUGUCGGUCUUGACAAAGUGUCUCCAGCACCCUGUCCUUCACACACAAUCCUGACAAAGGUCCAGACCAACCUCAGGGAUCGCUUGGAGCACACAGUCCUGCUGGGCCUGUGCCCCCCACAACCCACUUUGUCGUGGUCAGGAUCCCACAGGGUGAACUCAGGAGAGGAGCUGUUUUACACACAGUCUCGCUUGUUGGUGACAGGGCGGCCACACCAGUGCAGCCUCACCUUCGCCCUGACCAACUCCUCAACUGCUCAGGGCUCCAACAUGUCUCUGUACUCUGAGUCCAGGAUGGGUAAUUGGAGUGUGGAGGUGGCGGGCAGUGCCCUGUCUUGGCCCAGAGGGUCUGGUCUCCAUGUGCAGGCCAGACUGGACCGCAGAGAGAGGAUCUGGCUGAACGGAACGGCAAAGGGACGAUGUCUUCAGACCACAGCAGGUUACAUGAACGGUACAAAUCUGAAUGAGGCCAUCACUGUGGUGGCGUGUGUGGGAACAAAUCGCAGUUUGGUGCUGGAUGUGCAGAAGAGAGAUGGCAGCAGCGAACCUGAGACUCUGGGCAGUUUGUCUGUGGGAUCAACCAAUCAGAGGCUGAUGCUGACAGCAAGAGGUUGUUUGGAAAGUCUAACUGCAGUGGAGGCACGUAGCCAAUAUUUGAGCUCUCAGAUUCAGAAUAAGCUUUUGGAGAGAAUCAAGACUUUGCAGCAUCUCCUUCUUGAAUUCAGACGGCAGUCCAGAGACAGCCAGUUGCUCCAGGAGCUGAGCGCCCUGCCGCUUCUUGUCUCCCAGCGAGCCGAGGCUCUGCUGCUGGGGCACAGAGACAACAGUUUGACGUCUGUGUGGCAGAACAGCCCUCUGCGUCGCAUCGUGACCGACAGUCUGCCUCGCUUUCUCGGCCUGCUGCAGCACGCUUCUCUGCUGGGACAACAGGAACUUAGGAGGCCCUUGGCUACUCUGGCAGGUGUGUACCAGGAUGUGAAGGGCCAGAGGCCGGAGGCUAUGUGGAGGGAGGCUGUUUCCUUUUGGACUGACUGGCCGGUGGAGGUCCUACCUGCUCUGUUGGGGAACCCUCAGCUGAGGCCGCUGGCUCAGGCCAGCGUCGCCAUGCUCAGCGUCGCCCUGGAUGUUGCAGGUCAGCAUACCUACCACUGGCUGGAGACCAGGUUGGCAUUGGCCUUGUCUGGAGUCAGAAAACGACUUGCUUCUGUCUACAAAUUCUUCCCCAGUGAGUGUUUGGUGACUGUGUCAGUCCCGCUGCCACCGCUCCCCUGGUCCAGGGUGGUCGAGGCCGGACUGGUGGAGAUCCUCCUGGAGGAGUGGCUCCUGAGGCCGCUGCAGACCCUCGCCUCCGUCAGACCCAUAGCUGAACUAUAUCGCCUCAAAAGGAAGAUCAUGGACAGCCCAUUUAGACACCAAGCUCUGCUGGUGGCAGAUCAGUUUGUAGUGACAUUUGACGGUCACCUGUAUGAGCUCCCGGGCUCCUGUCCACUGCUCCUCGCCCAAGACGUCAGCGCUGACCCUUCCUUCAUGCUGCUGCUCAGUUCAGACUCACAUAACUUCCUUCUGAUAGAAAUGAAUAACAGCACCAUCAACAUUCAGCAUAAUGGACAGGUGAAGGCCAACUGCCAUAAUGCUGCAAUGCACACGUUUCACGGUGACAAUGGAGUGGCUGUCCGAAGUGGGCCAAACAGUGUGCAGGUAUCCAAUCAGAAUGGAGUGUCAGUGUCAUGUGACCUGUCACUUGAGGUGUGCAGCUUCACUCUGGAUGGAUGGCUGCAUGGCACGUCCACUGGCCUGUUUGGGACCAACGACAAUGAAGCAGGGAACGAUGCUCCUUUACCUGACGGAUCUCAAGCUGAAAACCUCAACAGUCUUUUCUACAGUUGGCAGAUGAAACCAGAGUGUAUUAAACUGCCAGGUGUAACAGAGCACUUUCCUGUGGACACAAGCCCUGUGAGCUGCCACUUUCUGUUCUCUUCUCCGGAUUCUCCACUGAGUUCCUGUUUCAGGGUGGUGGAUCCUGAUCAGUUCUUGUCUGUGUGUGAGUUGAGCUCCUCCAGAGCUCCCUGCAGAUUAGCAUCUGCUUUUGUUCAUCUCUGCCAGCAGAACUACAUACCUCUGGAUGUUCCUGUCCAGUGCUUGAAAGCUUGAAGGAGGGACGAGCUAAUGAAGAGCAAAGAUGGGUGAUUUAUGACCUCUGUUAGCUGCUAAAACUAAUGUUACACUUUUAUACCACUGUUUUUGCAACAUUACUUCUAUACAUUUUAUUUUGUAUUAAAUUGUGUACUUCUUUGUAUAGUUACACAUUAUUAUACGUCCUGUAAUGUACAUGUUUACCUUCUUUACAUACGCAGAUAUUGUGCCAGUAAUGUCAAUGUGAACAUACUAACUAUAGCGAGUGGAGGCCUAAUUAUUUUUCAUUUUCUGUGGUCUGUAGUACAAACACUGAAAAUAUUUGUGACUGUAGUGCAACCACAAUAACUAAACCUCACAACCAAACUUCGAUCAUAGGGAGCUCAACAAAUACUUUUUGAUUAAGUGCAUUUAUUACCUCUUUGUAUGCUAUCUUACAACUGUGUGUUAAAUAUAUGUAUUUCUCUUUAUUGCUCAGUUAAUUUGUUCCCGGGAAGAUGGGUAUGUAGUUGUCUAUCUUGGACUUCUGUCUCUGUGUGACGCACUCAGAGAUCCAGAUGAUGUUGCGACUCUCCU